CUCUCUCUCAAGUUUUCUGUGGAGACAGAAUCAGAGCCACUGGAGGAAAACAUCUACUUCUGCUUGCUGUUCAGCUUCGCCAACAAGGAAGAUGAAGACAAAAUUGAACACUUGCAACAUAUGGUCCCUGCUGCUUGUUGUCCUAGUGUGGGACCCAGCCAGGUUGGUGCUGGCUAACAUCCAAGAAGAUGAGGCUAAAAAUAACAUCACCAUCUUUACAAGAAUUCUAGACAGACUUCUGGAUGGUUACGAUAAUCGUCUUAGACCAGGACUGGGAGACAGUAUUACUGAAGUCUUCACUAACAUUUACGUGACAAGUUUUGGCCCUGUCUCAGAUACAGAUAUGGAAUAUACAAUAGAUGUUUUCUUUCGACAAAAAUGGAAAGAUGAGCGCUUAAAAUUUAAAGGUCCUAUGAAUAUCCUUCGACUUAACAAUUUAAUGGCUAGCAAAAUCUGGACUCCUGAUACCUUCUUUCACAACGGGAAAAAGUCAGUGGCUCAUAAUAUGACAAUGCCAAACAAGCUGCUUCGAAUCCAGGAUGAUGGAACACUGCUGUACACCAUGAGGCUUACAGUUCAAGCCGAAUGUCCGAUGCACUUGGAGGAUUUCCCAAUGGAUGCCCACUCGUGCCCACUGAAAUUUGGAAGCUAUGCUUACACAACCUCAGAAGUCACGUAUAUUUGGACUUACAAUGCUUCUGACUCUGUUCAGGUUGCUCCUGAUGGCUCUAGGUUAAAUCAGUAUGAUUUGUUGGGCCAGUCAAUUGGGAAGGAGACAAUUAAAUCCAGCACAGGUGAAUAUACUGUAAUGACAGCUCAUUUCCACUUGAAAAGAAAAAUUGGGUAUUUUGUGAUUCAGACCUAUCUGCCUUGCAUCAUGACUGUCAUUCUCUCUCAAGUGUCAUUCUGGCUGAACAGAGAAUCAGUACCAGCGAGAACUGUGUUUGGAGUAACAACUGUUUUAACAAUGACAACGUUAAGCAUCAGUGCUCGGAAUUCACUCCCCAAAGUGGCUUAUGCCACCGCCAUGGACUGGUUUAUCGCUGUUUGUUACGCAUUUGUCUUCUCUGCCCUAAUUGAAUUUGCAACUGUUAAUUACUUCACGAAAAGAGGAUGGGCUUGGGAUGGGAAGAGUGUAGUAAAUGACAAGCCUAAAAAAGAAAAAGGCUCCGUCAUGAUACAGAACAAUGCCUAUGCGGUAGCUGUUGCCAACUAUGCCCCGAACCUUUCCAAAGAUCCUGUCCUCUCUACCAUUUCAAAAAGUGCAACGACGCCAGAACCAAACAAGAAGCCAGAGAACAAGCCAGCUGAAGCCAAGAAAACCUUCAACAGUGUCAGCAAAAUUGACAGAAUGUCUAGAAUAGUAUUCCCAGUUCUGUUUGGUACUUUUAAUUUAGUUUAUUGGGCAACAUAUUUAAACCGGGAGCCUGUAUUAGGGGUCAGUCCAUGAAUCUAGACAUUGGUUAAUUUCGGGCUGUAUAGUAAUGUUACACUUGGUUUUUGUUUUUUAGUUUUAUUUUUGCUUUGUACAGUCUGACUAAUAACUGCUAAUUUAUGACCCAAUAUGUAUAGUAUGUAUAUAAUGGUAGAGUUUACCAGUAGACCACUAAAGGAGACCUGCAUUUGCUAACUCAUGGAAACACAGGCAGAAAACUUCCCGUGCCAAAAGAGCCAUUGCCUUUUUACCACAUAUACCUAGGACCUAGUUUAAGGUGGAUUUCAAAUCCCGUAAUUUAUUUCUUAAUGUUCUAAUUAUGAUGAAAGUUGGACUCCUAUGUCACACUUUGGGAUACCUUUGAUUUAGAUAUUACAUAGAAAAAAUAUUUCUACUGUUGCCUAAGGAUGAUCAGAGAUUAAUAUUGCCACUCAAAUAUAUGAAACAGCUAAACCUCUGGCCUGGUUGCUUCAGGAGUGUUCAGAAUCCUUGCUAGUGUAAUUGGAAGCUUGACACACAUAAGGAGAAGGCUGGAGAUGUGAAAACAGUGUUUAAUUACUAUGUAGCAUAUCUAUAUCCAUGUACAUAUUACAAGCAUGACAAGCUCAAAUAACUAUGAGUCACCAUGACAGGAUGUUAAUUAUGCUUAAAUUUAAUAACUAUUGGAAUGUCACAGUCAUUAUAUUUUUAGCUUCAGAGUUCAUUUGAGCGUAGUAACUGAAACUUUCAGCUCACUUCAAUCAUUGGAAACUACUUAACAUUAAAAAAAUACAUAAGAAGAGGAUAUAUGGACUUAGUCUUUCCAGGUAUGUGUUGUCAGCUGAAUUUUUCU